AUGACCACAAGAAAAUCUCGUAAUGGACGAUUAUUACGUUCACAAGUUGCUGAAGAAAAGGCAGCGGCGGUAGUUGGUGGAGCCGCUGCAGAAGAAAAGAUACUGAACAAUUUUUUUACAGAACAUCGACUGGGUUCUACCAAAUGGAAGGAAAGAAAAGGAGCUCUAAGACUUCGAGGAUUAUGGAUAACUAUUAUUCUGAUUUUAUCUGCAGUUAUUGCAAAAGCAUCUAAGACGACAGACAACUCCUGUGGAAAAUCCGCCCCAGCAACAAAGCCAGGAAGUCUUCCAAAAAAUGCUUCUACUAAACUUGUUGCUCCACCUUUCAAAGAAGAGUGGAAAGGAGAGAAAGAAAUGUCAAGUUUGCUGAAUUGA